UGUAUCAUGAGCAUAAGGUCAUUUUCUACCAUCAUAAUAAAUUAGACCUAAACAUCGAGACGACACCCAAUCCAAAAACAUCCGCCUACCGACCCGCUGCGCAGCUAUUUGUCGUCGUCGCUGCAGCGCGGUCUGUAUUCCGUCUCCAGCGUCUCGAAGAGGACCAGGAAAACUGCCUCCCGUCGGACGAGUAUAUAACGGUGCGUCGGCAGACGACCCACACCAGUCCCGAAGCCGGUCCGUGCACUCGAUAUGAAGCCGGCUGCGUUCCGGACACUACUGGUCCUGGCCCUACUGGCCCUGGCCGUGGGUCAGAAAAACAAGAGCUCCCGACGGAAGUCCAAGAGGAAGUCGACCACCACCGAGGCGGCGCCGGAGACCACCACCACCGCCGCGCCCACCACCACGCUGCCGCCGCCGCCGCCGCCGCCCCAGCAGCCGGCGCGCGCGCCUACCCAGUGGUACAAUGGCCGCGGCGGUCCCGGCUCCGGCCCCGGCUUCUCCGGACCCGGUCGCUUUUCUGGUGCCGGCCCGUCUGGUGGCUCUGGCGCAUACCGUAACGUCGGCAGACACAGUGGCUCUGGCGGCUUCACGAGUCCUAGCGCAUUCGGUGGCCGACCCGCGUACCAAGGAAGAAACAACUAUCAGGUUCAGGGCGCUGCUCAAGCUGCGGGCUAUUCGCAAGGUGCAGGUGGUUUUCAAGGUUCUGGCAGUUCUCAAGGACCGAGCGGCGGUCAAGCUUCGGCUGGUCCUCAAGGUGCGGUCGGCGCUCAAGGUGCAGGAAGUACUCAAGGUCCAAGCAAUACCCGCGGCGUGACCAGCCAGGUCCGCGGCCGGCCAGGCCGUCCCUAUUACUACCUGUCGUGGCGUGAUGCACCUCCGACGCGCAUGCUCUACACGUGGGCGGAGGCGGACGACAUCUGCCGCAUGGAGGGAGGCCAGCUCAUCUCUGUCAACACCAGGGAGAAACAGAGCUACCUCUCCUGGCUGUUCGACGAAGAGGCUGAGGAUAUUCGCUCUCUAUGGACGUCGGGCAAGUUCCAGACAGGCGAGUUCCGAUGGGCCGACGGCACGGCCGUCUCUGCCGGCUACACACGCUGGAGCAGAACGGGCCCGCUGUUCCAGCCGCAGCCGGACAAUGCUGAGGGCUUCGAGGACUGCAUCGCCGUGCUCAACGACCUCUACGGCGACGGCGUGGCGUGGCACGACGAGCAGUGCUCCUACCGCCAUCACUUUGUGUGCGAGCUCUAGUCGGGACGGGGUGUGGAACGAGGUGAAGGAGGAGGAGGAGGCGGCUGAGCGACCUGUGAAGGGUGGGCGUCAGGUGCCUGGCGCGAGCACUGACGGACGCCGUUUUGACACGCACACACCGGCAAACCCGAGAGCGGUUACUGUCAGCGUCCUGCUAGAGGUCUGUGUCCUGCGUGCUGGAUUUGUAUCCUUCCAUUGUAUCACCGAUUGUCCGCGUCGCCGCCGCGCGGUGAAAAAGAUGCGCUGUAAAUAUAGUGACUGCAUGCAACGUGACAAGGCGUAGUUGUGUGGCGCAGACGGAAUUUUUCGCGACCCGGACGAAGACGCUAGGCUGAAGUAACUGCAUGCAGUUCACGGAAAGACCCGCGGAGCCUGAUUCCAAGUCCCGACCGCUGCUCUGAGUACCAUAUCUUAUACGUUUCCAGCCUUUAAUGUGACAAAAUGGGCUGAACAGUGAACAGUGACGAAUCUCGAGCAGCGAUUCACUACAUGCAUGCACUACAUGCAUAUACCAAUAAAAAUAAAGCAUU